AUCCGGCAGUCGGAAUUCAACCCCUCCACCACUUCACCCCUCGCCUGUCACCCUGCUGCACUCCAUACUUCGCAUGACACACAGGCAUACUCUCGACUAAAAAACCAUUGCUCCCUGCGCCUGGGGCCCAGGACGCGCCAACGACACGUGCCGCAGCCAGCAGCUCCAUCUCCAGAAACGUCGGAACACGCCUUAACCCAUCACCAUGGACGUCAUCCCCUCUACAACUCCAGAUGAAGCCGUGCGCCUGUCGGCCAAGCGCACGGCCGAGCUUUUCGGCUCCGACUACCUCAUGGUCACCCCCUCCGUCGCGAACGGCUCCAUCGGCCUCUCCUACCGCCGCCAAGCAGAAUACUCAGACGUGAAGGAACUCCCCCCAGCUCUCGCCGAAAAGCAAGCCGCGGCCGCGGUCGCCGGACGCGCCAAACGCCCCAAGAUCCAACCCCAGUCCAAAGCCGCCGACGGCAGCGGCGCCUCCAUGGCCCUGGUCAAGAAGGCCCCUGGCCCGAAAGCUGGCGGCAUUGGCGGUGAAAAUGAACCGAAGAGUCUCAUCCAACGCCCCUCGGCGACGAAGCAACAAAGGCCGGACUGGCACGCGCCGUGGAAGCUCAUGCGGGUUAUCUCCGGCCAUCUGGGUUGGGUGCGCAGCUUGGCCGUCGAGCCGAACAACGAGUGGUUCGCCAGUGGUGCAGGCGAUCGGACCAUCAAGAUCUGGAAUCUGGCGACAGGCGCGCUCCGUCUCACCCUCACGGGUCACAUUUCCACCGUCCGCGGCCUAGCCGUGUCUCCCCGACAUCCCUACCUCUUCUCCUGCGGCGAGGACAAAAUGGUCAAGUGCUGGGAUUUGGAAACGAACAAAGUCAUCCGCCACUACCACGGUCACCUCAGCGGCGUGUACACCCUUGCUCUUCACCCUCGUUUGGACCUCCUCGUCACAGGUGGUCGCGACGGUGUCGCCCGUGUCUGGGACAUGCGGACACGGAGCAACGUCCACGUCCUCAGCGGUCACCAAGGCACCGUCGCGGACGUGAAAUGCCAGGAAGCCGACCCGCAGAUUAUCACCGGUUCCCUCGAUGCCACAGUCCGACUAUGGGAUCUGGCCGCCGGAAAGUCCAUGGGUGUACUCACGCACCACAAGAAGGGCAUCCGGAACCUCGCGACGCACCCGCGCGAAUUCACCUUCGCCUCCGCCAGCACAGGAUCUAUUAAGCAAUGGAAAUGCCCCGAGGGCGAUUUCAUGCAGAAUUUCGAAGGCCACAACGCCAUCAUCAACACCCUCGCUGUGAACGAGGACAACGUUCUCUUCUCCGGAGGCGACAACGGCUCCAUGUGCUUCUGGGACUGGAAGACCGGGUACCGGUUCCAGAACAUCGAAUCUACCGCCCAGCCCGGAUCCCUGGAGGCCGAAGCGGGCAUCAUGGCGUCGACGUUCGAUCGCACCGGCUUGCGUCUCAUCACCGGUGAGGCCGACAAGACCAUCAAGGUCUGGAAGCAAGAUGACGAAGCCACGGAGGAAUCGCAUCCCGUCACCUGGGCGCCCACGCUGGGGAGACAGAGAUAUUAGUUCUUUUAUAUAUCUUCCUGUCUUUCUGUUUAUUCGCGCGUGCGCGCGCGUGUGUGGUGAACAUACUUCACCUUGAAAUACCCCACCUUGCCUCAUUUCCUCCUCCUCUUCUUCUUAUCUUUUUUCUUUUCUUUCUUAGACUGUGUCUGGAUCUUCGUUCAGGGGCCGGACGGACCGACGGGUUAUGUAUCUCAUGCAAUAUACGGAGUUUAGCGUUGAGUUGGUUGUGUGUCUGUCUGUGUUGACUGGUUUGGGUAUUAUUACGUUCGUUCGGGGGGUUCACUUCACAAAAGGAUUUACUAUGUUGUCGUCGGGGCUUUUCAGAUGUAUCAUAUCAUAU